CUAUAUUGUAAAAACCCUUAACAGUUUUAGGCCCGACGGCAACUUCUCCUCUGCGUGACUCUGUCUCUGCAACAUAAUGAGAACAAGGAACAAGUCUGACAACGAUAAGCCAUCGUCGGUAUGGAGGGUACUUGACAAAGUUGCAGAACGCGCUAAUUCACGUAAUAAACCAGGGCAGAAGAAACAGUGUGAUGUCAUUCAACCAAGUGUUUCUUCUGGUGUGCCGGAGAAUGGGCUGGAAAGAGAUGAUAAAGAUGUUAUUCACAGAAAUGGGAAUGGGAUCGGUGACACUCCUCAGAAUGCUGGCAUGGGAAGUGCUCAGGAUGUUCUUUUAGAGAGCGGGGAUGAUGAUAUAGACUCAGAUUGGGAAGAUGGUUCAAUUUCCACCCUGGAUCAGGGAGGGGAUCUUUUUCAUGAUCACAUUAAGGAGGUGACCAUUGAAUUUAACGAAUCUCCAGAUUCUGCUGGACGGAAGCCUGUUCGUCGAGCAUCUGCUGAAGAGAAGGAGUUGGCUGAGCUUGUGCAUAAGGUCCAUUUACUUUGUUUACUUGCAAGGGGAAGAAUAAUUGACAGUGCAUGUGACGAUCCACUUAUCCAGGCUUCCUUACUUUCUCUGCUACCAGCCAAGUUGUUGAAGAUAUCUUUGGUCUUGAAACUAACUGUCCAUGAUUUAUCUCCCAUUAUGAGUUGGUUUCACAAUAACUUUCAUGUUACAAGUUCUGUCAGGAGGAAGAUAUCAUUGCACUCAGCUCUGUGUUCCGCCAUUGAAACUCGUGGAGGAACUUUAGAGGAGAUUGCGGCACUGUUUGUGGCAUUAUUAAGAGGUUUGAAUCUUGCCACCCGGUUUGUGUCCAUUCUUGAUGUUGCCUCCUUAAAACCCAGUAUUGGCAGAAAUGAAAAUUCAAGUCGAGAGGCAUGUAGAGUGCGUAGAGGGAUAUUCAAUACUUCAACAGUGAUGGUGGAUAAAGCUAGACAGGUUCCUAUAUCUCCUGCUAGAUCUGUAUACAUUGAAAAUGACAGUAUCUGUGAAAGCUCUUCGUGGACCUCAUGCAAAACUCAGGAUGGCUGUAGAGGCAAUAAUACUCGAUCCAAAGAUUCUUCUGUUGUCAUUGAGCUAAAUAAUAGAGUGCUUGAUUCAUCAGCCCCUAAGGCACAGUCUGACGAUUCUAAAGCAUUCCUCAAGGAGAAAUCUCAGGGUUCAAAGAGGAAGGGAGAUCUUGAAUUUGAGAUGCAGCUCGAGAUGGCUCUUGCCGCAACUGCUGCUGGGACUACUGGCAAUAGCACAUCAUCAGAUAUGAAAAACAUCAAUUGUGGUUUAUCUACCGAGGCUUCAGCUCUUAAAAAAUCAAGAAGAAAUAAGAAUAAAGAAUCUCCUUCUUCCUCCAUGGGAGUCUCCGUAGCAGUUGGGGCGGACAAAGUAGGAUCUCCAUUACAUUGGGCGGAAGUAUUCUGCACUGGUGAGACGUCGACAGGAAAGUGGGUUCAUGUUGAUGCUGUCAAUGCAAUUAUAGAUGGAGAGCAGAGGGUCGAAGCUGCUGCUACUGCAUGCAAAACCUCUUUGAGAUAUGUAGUCGCCUUUGCUGACCGUGGAGUUAAAGAUGUGACCCGCAGGUACUGUACAAAGUGGUACAAGAUAGCAUCACAACGGAUUAAUUCAACUUGGUGGGAUGCAGUAUUGGCACCAUUGAGAGAGGUUGAGUCCAGGGAAACUGGAGGUAUAAUCCAUGUGGAGAAACACCAUGUUGACACACCAGAUGCUCAUAGGAAUUAUCUUGAAGAUAUGGAAUUGGAAACUAGAGCACUAACUGAACCUCUUCCAACUAAUAUGCAGGCCUACAGAAAUCAUCAAUUGUAUGCAGUUGAAAAAUGGCUUACAAAACAUCAAAUACUCCAUCCGAAGGGCCCAAUUUUGGGUUUUUGUUCCAGUCAUCCAGUUUAUCGUCGGGAUUGUGUACAAACACUUAGGACCAAACCGAGAUGGCUGCGCGAAGGGCUGCAGGUUAAAUCUGAGGAAGUGCCGGCCAAGGUGUUAAAACAUUCUGCCAAGCUUAAGAAAUCACAGUUCUCUGAGGAUGACGAUUAUGGUGAACGUGAUUCUAAAGGAAUUGUUGAACUUUAUGGGAAGUGGCAACUAGAACCUAUGUGUCUACCUCGUGCUGUGAAUGGGAUUGUGCCAAAGAAUGAGCGUGGUGAUGUCGAGGUGUGGUCAGAGAAGUGUCUUCCUCCAGGGACUGUGCAUGUGAGGUUGCCUAGGGUAUUUUCUGUUGCCAAAAGGCUGGGAGUUGAUUACGCACCUGCCAUGGUUGGUUUCGAAUUUAGGAAUGGCAGCUCUAUACCUGUUUUUGAUGGUAUUGUGGUGUGUGCUGAGUUCAAGGAUGCAAUAUUGGAGGCAUUUGCUGAAGAAGAAGAGAGAAGAGAGGUUGAAGAAAAGAAAAGAAAUGAAGCACUAGCUAUUUCUAGGUGGUAUCAACUUCUUUCGUCCGUUGUAACUCGGCAAAGAUUGAACAACCGUUAUGGAGAGAGUUCAUCAUCGCACAUGCCUAGCAAUGUCCAGAAUGUGAACAUGGAAUCAAAUUCACCGGUUGGUGGCCAGCAUGACGCGCAAUCUCUUGGCUGCCAGAAUGAAGGCAGACACAAAAGGAAACCGAGCGAUCCAUCAAUGGCAGUCGUAGAAGACCAUGAACAUACAUUUUGGAUGGAAGAUCAGAGUUUUGAUGAUAGCAACUCAGUCCGUAUAAAACGAUGUAAUUGUGGAUUUUCUGUCCAAGUGGAGGAAUUAUGACCUUCUUAUUGACAUUUUGUUUUACUUGAACUAUUACCGAUUUCUUGCUCAAAUCUGUUCAUUUUGAUGGAAAAUUAUUAAAUGAACCUGUUAACAUGUGGGUUCCA